AUGACCCACAUCAUUGACCUGGUGCCCCGGGACGACUGCUCCACGCACGCAUUCGCGUCCCCCGCCAUCCUGCUGCCACUGGGGCCGCCACGCAACCAGCUGGCGGGCGUGAAGCAGCAGCUCUACCACCCGGCCCUGCCCAGCCUGCGCCGCAUGGACAUGGACUCGGUCAGGGCCUGCCUUUCCGACGAGCACUGCCGGUCCACCACCUACUGCCGCAGAGAUGACUUUGACAACGCCCACUUCACACUUUUGGGUGUCCCCAACAAACCCCUGCAGUGCUUGGACGUCACGGCGACGGGCCAGAGACUCCGCAACAGGUGCCGCGAGGGAAAGCUGGUACCCAUCGUGCCGGGCAUCAACCGGGUCGACUGGCCCUGCUUCACACGCGCCAUUGAGGACUGGUCCCGCUUCGUGUCUUCCCCCGGCGAGUUCAAGCUGCCCUGCCCGAGCAAGAGGGUCGAGAGUUUCAGUGGCUACGCGGUGCGGUACUUGAAGCCGGAGGUGACCCAGAAUUGGCGAUACUGUCUCAACCAGAACCCCAGCCUGGACCGCUACGGACAGAAGCCCCUGCCUUUCGACUCCUUGAACGCCUUCCGACACUUCGGCUCAAUCUACAGUCGUGUCAACUAUCUGACCCCCUGGCAUUAAUCUGUGAAAAGGAAGCCGACCCUCAGGCUGCUGGACUCUGGCACCUCAGGUUCUCCAGCAGGACAGGGGGUGUGUGGUGGCACCACUCAUUUCCCUACGAGGUCAGCCUGACUGGAAAUAA